UGUCAGUCGAAGGGGGGCUCGAGUGGCGAGAGGAGGGAGAGAGAGAGUGGACAGAGGACAGGAGGCGAGGCCGGACCACCAGGACCACCGGGACCACCGGGACAGCAAGUGCCCCCUCCCCCCCGUGUCCACAAUGCCGAGCUCGGAGGAUGCCAGCGCCGAGCCCGGGGCCGAGGAUGCGGCCGUGGCCGGUUCGGCGCAGGGCGGCGGCGACGGGAUGACCUGGUGGUAUCGCUGGCUGUGCCGGUUCGCGGCUGUGAUCGGCGGGGUGUCUUGUGCAAUUGCUGGUGUGUGGAACUGUGUUACAAUCGAUCCCCUCAACAUUGCAGCCGGGGUCUGGAUGGUGCUGAGUGCGUUUGUCCUUUUCCUCUGUGAAGCUCCAUUCUGUUGCCAGUUCAUAGAGUUUGCGAAUGCAGUGUCUGCACGAGCUGAUAAGUUCCGCUACUGGCAGAAAGCAAUGUUCUAUUGCGGGAUAGCAAUAUUCCCAGUUUUCCUGCGAUUUUCAUUCACUACGCUCUUUGGGAAUGCAAUUGCUUUUGCUUCGGGUGUGCUCUAUGGACUUGCAUCACUUGGCAAAAAGGGUGAUGCUGUUUCGUACGCCAGGCUCAAAGACAAGAAACUGGCCGAUGAAGAAAAGUUGACGGGAUCGAUCACCAAUGAGACGGCAAUGCAGUGAAAGACAAGACACCGUGUUUACCUCGUGCAACCGCAGAUCAACAAACUAACGGGACUUUAUAUUUAUAUGCGUACAAUUUAUAUACUGCAGAGAGGGUCAGCUCUUGGUUUGAUGUGCAAUUGGUUCUUUCAGGGAAUAGUAAAAACAGUGUAGAUGAACGCAAAAUGGUGGAGUAACUCAGCGGGUCAGGCAGCGUGUCUGGAGAGAAGGAAUGUGUGAUAUUUCAUGUCGA